AUGAAAAACCACACUAAUUAAUUGUUCAUUUUCCGAAAACUAAAGGCAACUGCAAACAGAAUUAAACAGCCAGCGACAGCGAUAAGCGAUAAGCAUUUUCUACUUUUAUACAACGCCGCAAAGAAACCUCAGAACAAUGACGGAUCUGCGCAACGAGAUGGACAGUGACCUGGACCAGAACUACUCACUAAACAGCAACGCCGACCCCAAGAACAUGCAGGAGCUGACCAUAUACGUACAAAAUCUGUUGCAGAACGUGCAGGACAAGUUCCAGACGAUGUCCGAUCAGAUAAUAACGCGCAUCGACGACAUGGGCAACCGCAUCGACGACUUGGAGAAGAGCAUUGCGGACCUGAUGAACCAGGCCGGGAUCGAGGGACAGGGCCCGGAGAAAUGAGACCCGUAGAAUAUGGGGCCGGCAAAGCCUUCAUCCAGCCACGCCCAGUAGCCAUUGGGCAUCGCAGAUGCGGAUCCUCCCAUUAGUAAACAUCGAAAGCACCCACGGCACCCAGUCACUCACACGAAUCCACGAAUCAAGUUUACAAUUCCAGGCUCUCACGUUCAUUUAAUCUCCCCCCCAGCACCCGGUUGCUCCAUAAACACACACAUUUGCUCAUCCGUUUAUUGUGUAGUUUUAAGUUUCCUCCUCCCAGAGAGGGGAUCAUCAUAAUUUUAAGUAACGUAAUUCCUUUGUGAGCAAAAGGGUCAAUAAUUUAGAAUUAUUGCCGUUUUAGUUUCUAUUUAUAAAUUGGAUUAAAAACAACAAAUUGAGAAUUGUACAA